AUGGCGGACCCCGUUCGUCAGAGGCAACGAGGCAACGGAGCCACCAGCAGAUCAGGAGGCUCCCAGGCGUCCUCCCCCAAGAUUGACUCCCGAGAUGGGCCAAAUUGGGCCCAAAGCCGGCAGCCAAUCUACGCCUCCCGUCUGGCGCCGCAAAUCCAGGCCUCCCAAGCGCGCGCGACCCAGGCCGAUGUCCGCAAUGCUGGAAUGCUCGCUACGGACUUUGGCUGCCUCGUGGCUGGACUCCAAUGCGCCACGCCAAAACUAGAUCGGAUCGCCGAUAUUACCGAUAUCGACCUUACAGUUCGCCCCGAGUCCGUGGGUAGCCGGGCGGCUCCAAGUCGUCGACCAUGGAUCAACCCGUCAGGCGAAGAUGAUUCAGACUGA